AGCUACCUUUAAAUGAAACGAAACGGUGGCCACCAGAGCCACUGAUCACUCCCUUUGAAAAUGUUUUCUCUCAAGGAAAUGCCCUCCUCCGCCUCCACGCUCUUCUCCGCCUAUGCCUCCUUCGCCGCCUCCAUGAUGCUGGUGCGGUCCAUGGCCAACGAGCUCGUCCCCCACGAGCUCCGCUCCUACCUCAGCUCCGCCUUGAGCUACCUAUUCACCCCCCUCUCCUCCACCCUCACCCUCGUCAUCGACGAGUGCUCCGGCAUGGCCCGCAACCAGGUCUACCAAGCCGCCGAGGUCUACCUCCGCACCAAGAUCACCCCCGCCACCGACCGCCUCCGAGUCAGCAAAACCCCGCGCCAAAAGCACUUCACCGUCGCCAUCGAGAAGGGCGAGGAGAUCAACGACAAGUUCGAGAACUUCCACGUCAAGUGGCGCUUCAUUUGUACCGAACCCAAGAACCAACGCUCCGGAGAGAAGCGCUUCUUCGAGCUCAUCUUCAACAAGAAAUUCAAGGACCAAGUGUUCGAUUCUUACCUGCCGUACGUUCUGCACAGAUCCAACGCCAUCAAAGAGCAAGAGAAGGUUGUCAAGCUGUAUAACCGCGAUUGCCCGUGCGAUGACGUGGAGGGAGGCGGUUCGGGCAUGUGGGGCUCCGUCAAUCUGGAGCAUCCGGCCACAUUCGAGACGUUGGCCAUGGACCCGGACCUCAAGAAGGCCAUCGUCGACGACAUGGACAGGUUUGUAAGGAGGAAGGAGUUCUACAAGAAGGUGGGUAAGGCUUGGAAGAGAGGAUACUUGCUGUACGGUCCACCUGGAACGGGUAAAUCGAGCUUGAUUGCCGCCAUGGCUAAUUACCUCAAGUUCGAUAUCUAUGAUUUGGAACUCACAAGCAUUUACGGAAACUCCGAUCUGAGGAGGAUUCUGUUGUCCACCACCAAUCGCUCCAUUCUGGUGAUCGAGGAUAUAGAUUGCAGCGUGGAGAUGCAAGAUCGCCAGAAUCCUGGCGAGUUUCGAACUUCUUCCAGCAAGUUGACACUCUCGGGUCUACUGAACUUCAUUGAUGGUUUGUGGUCAAGCUGUGGGGACGAGCGAAUUAUUGUUUUCACCACCAACAAGAAGGAUCGGCUUGACCCUGCAUUGCUGCGUCCUGGUCGAAUGGACGUGCACAUUAACAUGUCAUAUUGCACUAGCCGUGGGUUUAGAAUCUUGGCCUCCAAUUACCUCGGCAUUCAUCAGCGCAGUAACCACCAACUCUAUGGAGAAAUUGAAGCCCUAAUAGACAGCACAGAGGUCACCCCAGCCGAGGUUGCAGAGGAGCUAAUGAAGAGUGAUCACCGCGAUGUUGCUUUUGAAGAGCUUGUUAAUUUCCUCAAACGUAAGAAGGCUGCAAGCAAUGAAAUUAAAGAAGAAGAAGGGGCCAAGAAGACUGAAGUUCAAGAAGCAAAGAGGUUGAGAAUUAUGAGAAUUGCUAGAAACUUUAGGAGAAAAGCUAUAAGAGGAAUGGGGAAGAGGAAUAGGUCGCGGGCGGUGAGCCGACAAGUGUAAACGUUAUUGCACUUGAGUAAUGUUAAAAAUUAUAUGUUUAUUCCACAACUAUCUUGCAACACUGACAUAAUAAUUUUAGCCAACCAUUUAAUUUAAUUUUUUUUGACAAAAAUUAAUUAAAAUGUUGGUUAUGAUCGACUAUUACGUCAGCAUUGUGGAAUAAAAAUGUAAUUUAUAGCAUUAUUUAAAGCUCUUUUUUUAUAUAAAUAUGAAAAAAAAUAUAUUAGUUUUAUGCUCAAUAAAAAGCAUAUUUGUGUCAACUAACUUCAUUAGUUUCCUACAAUCACUAGAUAUGAUGAUUCUAAAGUUCAUGCUAAUCAAUGCCUUGUACCCCUCUAGGUACUAUAACUCUACUUAUUUAUGUGUCUGGAAAA